CGCCAUAGCAACGACUAUCGAACGGAUUAUUAUUUCUGGAAAAAUAAGGUGGGAAAUAACUCUUAAAAACUAUGAGUUUAUACAUGAGAAAACUGAUGACUUUACCCUUUACAGAUGAAAAUGACAACAAUAACAGUCGUCGCCGUGUGAACAUGGAGGCGGACGUGAUAGACACGAUGAAUGCCAGCAGUGCGGCUGCCGUGCGUCUCCACCACGUUCACCACGUCAAUCCAGACCAUCACGGCAAUGGAUUCCUGGCCAUGAAUUGCAUGAGACAGAGGGGACAACUGUGCGACGUGAGCCUCCUCGCUGGCACCGACAUCAUCUCUGCUCACAAAGUGGUGCUCGCUGCAUGCAGUGCCUAUUUUCAUGCUAUGUUCAACUGUGAAAUGUCAGAAAAGGACAAGACAUCAAUUACCAUGCAUGACGUGGAUCCCGGAGCCUUACAACUUUUAGUCGAUUUUGCAUAUACCGGCGAAAUACUUAUUUCAGAAGAUAAUGUACAAGUUUUACUUCCCGUGGCAAGUCUUUUGCAAGUACAAAGUGUCCGAGAGGCUUGUUGCAAGUUCCUAUUGCGCCAACUGCAUCCCUCGAAUUGUCUCGGAAUUCGGAGUUUCGCUGACGCUCAUUCGUGCGAAGAACUCCACAGGAAGUCACACAAAUACGCUCUCCAGAACUUUCAAGAGGUCGCACUCACUGAAGAAUUCUUACUCUUACCUUUUUGCGAAGUUCGCGAUUUAAUAGCCAGCGAUCAACUAAACGUAGUAUCUGAAGAAAUAGUGUACAAGUCGAUUGUUACAUGGAUUCGACACGAUUCCUCAGCAAGGGAGCGAUACUUAGGAAAAUUGUUGCAUCACGUCCGCCUACCUCUGACGGGGAGGGACUUCUUGUUGGCCCAGGUGGCCGAUGAGCCCCUACUACAGGGCAGCCAAGAAGGAAAAGACCUCCUGAUAGAGGCCAUGAAAUAUCACCUCCUUCCCGAACAGAGGAACAAUAUGGUGUCAGUGAGAACAACAUACAGAAAACCGGAGGGGCUCAGGCCGUAUCUCUUCGCAAUAGGUGGUGGAUCACUAUUUGCUAUUCAUUGCGAAUGUGAAUACUACAAUCCUAGAACUGACCGGUGGUCACCCAUCGCUUCCACAUCACACAGGAGAUCUCGAGCCGGUGUGGCUGGAGUUGGAAGACUGGUUUAUGCGGUUGGAGGUUAUGAUGGCUCCAAGGAUCUGUCUUCAGUGGAGUGUUACAAUCCUCUGACCAAUAAAUGGUUGCCUGUGCCACCGAUGGGGACGAAGAGGAGUUGCCUUGGCGUCGCUUCCCUCAACGGACUGCUCUACGUGGCAGGGGGAUACGACGGUGCAUCCUGCCUCAACAGUGUCGAGAGAUACGAUCCCCUAGUCACCACAUGGUCCUCUGUCACAGCAAUGGAAACCAGGAGACGAUACUGCAGGAUGAGUGUCUUAGAUGGUGCUAUUUACGCUGUUGGAGGUUAUGACGGUAUCAAUUAUGUGUCUUCGGUGGAAAGGUUGGACCCAAGAGAGGGUAAAUGGCAGCAGAUGCCCCACAUGAUCAACAGGCGGAGCAGUUGUGGAGUGGCUGCCCUGGAUGGCAUGCUGUAUGUAGUUGGGGGUAACGACGGCAGCCUCUGCAUGUGCAGCGUCGAGAGAUUUGAUCCAGUGAAAGGAGCUUGGGAGGCCAUGGCAUCUAUGCACACUAGAAGAACAACCCAUGAAGUGGUAGAAGCAGAGGGAUAUCUUUAUGCCAUCGGUGGGAACGAUGGAAGUUCGAGCCUAAGCACAGUGGAGAGGUAUGAUCCGCGACACAACAAGUGGAUGCUGGUCACCUCCAUGAAUCUGAGGAGGAGCAGCAUUGGGGCCACUGUUUUGGAAUGUCCUAACCUCGAGAGGAUACUCUCAUCUUCUGAUGGUGCAUAAAUCUGCGAUUUUACACAAACUGAAUUUUAUAUUGCCAAGCUUUUUUUUAAAAAAACCUUUUUCCAUCAUCGUGGUGAACUCUCUUUUAAAAUCUGCAACAAUAAGAAAGGUACUGUAAGUGGCACUUUUUAAGAGAAGUUUUAGAGUCCACUUUCACAUUUUGGCAAUAAGACUUAAAUCAAAAUGCAUAACAUUUUGAGUUUGAUUUACAAAAGGUUCCAUUUGCAAUGCAAACUGUGUAUAACUGCUGUUCUAUACAUGCAUAUAUUAUUUUUAAAUAAGCUGCAAUUUUGCUUUCUUCGACCACAUAAUUUUGUUUCAACCAACAAAAAAUAAUAUUAAUAAUACACUGUACAAAAUGUUACUAGUAUUGGACAAUUGCAAAGAGACUCUUAUUCGACUUGAAGUUGAAACACGUAUAAGUUUUCAAUUAAUAAUUUAUACGAAACCAAAAAACAUUUUUAUUUCCUCACAGUGUAUUUAAUAGCAACUUUAUUACCAAUCUAUUAAACAUAUUGUUUAUUUGUUUUAUGUUUACAGAGUGUGAAUGUUUACACUGUACUCGUUUUGUUUUUUACUUUUUUUGCUGAUUAUUCACAGUUGCUGCUUAUGUUUUUUCAUUAUUUACAUAUUGUUUAAGACAUUUUUGGAGUUAUAAAAACAUUUCUAUUGUGAUUUUUUUUUUAAAGAGAAAAGCUAGAGAAAGGGAAAAUAAUUUUAGUGCUAAAUAUAUGUUUCUCUUGAUGAUUUAUUUUUUCCUCUUUGUCAACAGCUAACAUAACUUUUGCUAUAUUUGUCAGAUUUUUUUGCUCAACUUAUACUUCAAGUGAAAAACAGUCACAGAAAGAAAAAUUUUAGCACAUAUGAAGAAAAUAAGAAUCUUCAAGAAAUUUAUGCUUCACCCAAGUAAAAAUUCAAUAUUUAUUAGUGGAAUAAGGGUCACCUCGUAGUUGCCUGAUUGCCAUAAAAUUUUGCAUGAAUCUUUUUUUUUGUUGUUGAUUGAAACAAAAUAAGGGAAUGGGGACUAAACUUCUAAAAGUUGAAAGAAAUAUAGACAUAUCAUCUAUUUAAAAUCACCCAAGUAUUGAUAAAAGUUAUAAAAUUGCAGUAUAAGAUAAAAAAUUAUGAUAUUGCAGUAUAA